AUGUCCAAGCUCGUCGUCUUCGGUGCUACCGGCCAACAAGGCCACGCCAUCACCACCACCAUCCUCUCCCACCCAACUCUCUCCAAGAAGUACUCUCUCCGGGGAAUAACCCGCGACGCCAGCAAGCCAAAGCCCCAAGCACUCACAAACAAGGGCGUCGAAAUAACCGAAGCAAACCUCGAUGACCCCUCUACCCUCCCCGCCGCAGUGCAAAACGCCCACACCGUCAUCCUCAUCACAGAAACGCAAUACGUGGCUGACCUAAAGGCCCGCGAAACAAGACAGGCAAAGGCCGUGGCAGACGCUGCCGUCGCCGCUGGCGUGAAAUUCUUCAUCUUCAGCACUGCCGUGCACUGCAUCGAUCUCUGGAAUGGAGGCCCCGUGGACCAAUUCGACGUUAAAGCCGAGAUUGAGAGAUAUCUCCGCACUCUCCCAUUCAAACUUGGCACUGCGUAUAUCGCCCCUGGGAUGUUCAUGCAGAAUCUGGCGACUGUCAUGGCGCCGAGAAGGCAAGAGGAUGGGUCUUUUGCUAUUGUCGGGAUUAAUCAUCCGAGUACUAAGAUCCCAAUGAUUGACUCGGCGGGGGAUUCGGGGGCGUAUCUUGUUCCCUUCCUGGAAGAUCCAGAGGGGAGUAAUGGGAAGACUGUCUAUGCGUCGUCGACGAUGCACUCGCUUGAUGAGAUGGCCGGGAUUAUCUCCAAGGCUUCAGGGGAGAGUGUGAAGUAUGUGCAGAUUCCGAAGAGUGUAUAUCAGGGAUUUAUGAGUGAGGAGCAGGGGGGACGGAUGGUUGCGAUGAUGAGUUUCUUUGAUGGGCCGGGGUAUUAUGGAGAGGGGACUGCAGAGAAGGUUGCUGAAGCGGUGGAUCUGGUGAAGAAUUCUGGUGGGAAAUUAUCGAGCUUUGAGGAGUUUGCGGAGAAGAACUUGAAGACUUUGUAG